CGCGUGGGCGGGACUUCCUGCUGAUCCCCCGGAAGUAGGCUGGUUUCUGUGUUUGGAGGGAAAUUUAAUAACAAAGCUGUUUCGUUCCUCGAAAACAAACACUCUGUGGACAAACAACUGCUCAUUGGCAACAAAGGAUCACACAUACACACACAUAUGGACUGUUUCUCCCCGGAUAUGAAGAAGAAGUCGGUGCGGGUUAUGGAGUGUUCCUGUAGUCGUUGUUAGCUUAGCUUGUUAGCCGCAGUUAUAACUUAUUCAUAGUUUGUCUCAGGGAUCUCGUUGGGGAUGGGUUGAACCAGAGGACGCUGAUAAAGGACUUCAUUUAAUAUAUAUUAAAGAACAACAGUGAUCAUGGAGAGAAGGACGAGGAGACUGGAGAGUCAGCUGUGUAAAGCAGUGAAGGAUGGAGAGCCCAGAUCUGUGCAGCUGUUCCUGUCCGAAGGUGCGUGCCCUCACCUGGUGGGAAGUAAAGGAGUGGCAGCAAUACACCUGGCUGUAGGAAAAGAGACUGAGAAGAACACAAGCUGCUUGAAGAUGCUGCUACAGUACGGAGCUGACCCCAAUGUCAGGUCUUCAGACGGUCUGACUCCUCUUCACAUCGCUGCUCUGUGGGGAUGUUAUCAGAAUCUAAAGCUGCUGUUAAUGAACGGAGGAAACCCCAACAGUAAAGAUAAUGAAGGGAACACGCCGAGGCAGCUUGCAGAGCAGCAGGAGAAUCGAAAAUGUGCUCUGCUCCUUCAGGAGUACCAGGCCAGCUCAGUGGACACGGAGGACGAUGAGUUUCCUCAGUUCCAAUACUCCGUGUACUCAGACCAAACAGACCUGUCCAGCUACCCUGAAUCAGACUACAGCUUCACGUCCAACUCCUCCAUGAUAAGUGACUUUGGCGAGGCCGCCUUGAGCAGCACCAGGCGGUCAUCCUUUUUCAACAUGUCUCACAUUAACGGGCGGCCGAGCUGCAGAGGAGUCCCCCACCCCAGACUCUCUGAUCUGGACUCUAACAGGCAUCAGAGAUGGGGCGACCUCUCUUCACAUUUAGCCUCUGAAGGUCACUCCUUACUGUCGAGCACUCGCAUGUCUGCAGCUGGACCUGCAGUCGCCCUGCCCAUCCUGAAGGAGGAUGAUAUUUUUGGUGACGAUGUUGUGUUCACAUCAAAAGCAAACGAAGAAGCUGCCGCAGGGGAAAGCAGAAUCUCCCCCUCCAGGAGAGACACCCUCCCAGCGUUCCCCUGCAGGCGAGCGAGCCGCAAGAGCGUGAGCUUCAGAGACGUGGACGAAUAUUUCCCUGUUUUCAGGCCAGAGUCUCCCAAACAGCCGCCUGCUGCUGAUAUCACCCAGUGCUCCAGGGACUUCACCUUUGACCUGUCUGAUUACUCAGACUUCCUGGAUGUGGACCGCAUGGCCACCGUUUUACAGAAGCAGGGCAUCGAUGUCACGUCGCCCGAUCAUGUUUAUGUAUUCUCCCGGGAGAGCAGUGAGAGCACGGAGGAGGAGAUGGAGAAGACGGUCAUCAGUCACUGUGUUUUGGGACAAAGUGAUGAUGAGGAGGAGGGUGAGGAUGAAGAAGAGGCUCAGGUGAGAGCACCAGAACAGCCAGCCUGUGAUCAUGUCGGCAGCAGCAGCAGUGGAAGCAGUCAUUACAGCAGCUGUGAGAGCGACCACUACACCAGUGCUCUGGAGGCCUCUCUGCACCCCAGACACUCGAUGUUCCCCGCAGAGGAGGAGGUUUCUGUCGGGGCUGAGUCUGACAACGAGACUCAGAACUCUGAGAAUCACUCACCUGUUCGAACUGAAUUUAAAUCAGGUCCAGAACCAGAGACUGUGAAGUGUUUACCAGGUCUGCAGAGGGAGCUGGAUGCAGCAGGAAACGGUGUGAAAGAGGGAUGUGGUGUUCUCGUGGACGCUGCAGGUGAAGGUGGAGUCGAGCAGCUAGUGGCAGACGUUGCAGCUGAAGCUCUACAGGAAGACUUUGUUCCUCCGUUCACCCCGAGUCCUUUCGUGACAGGCCGGACUCGCUCCAGGCUGAGCCGCUGCUCCAUGAGAACCAGCACAAACCCGGAGAGUCUCCUCUCCACCACGUCCCUGUUCGAGGAAACCCUCCCCACGCCGGUCCGAACGCGCCGCCAGACGCCCAGAUCUCAGAGCAGAGAGGACUUUUACUACUCACCAUGCACGCCCCGUUACACACCGUCACACCCAGAAGGAGACUCGUGGUUUCCUGACUCACAGGACACUCAGUCCAGCACCCUCAGACCUGGUUCAAGCGUUAGCAACAGCCAAGCUGACACCAUCAUCCUCUCUAAGAGCAUCGCUGACUCUGUUUCUGAAUCACAGACUCUGUCAGACACGGUCAUGCUGGAGGAAGAUCAAAACUCUUCAACAGACUGUUACGAGAGAAACCUCGCAGAGAUAAUCCUCGCCAUGCAGGGUCAGGGUCUAGCAGGAGGGGAAGACUUUCUAACAGAUGAUCUGACGAGUACAGACGAGGCAGCGACGAAGAAAGACACUGUGAGUAAAGCUGACGAUGCCUGGGUCACUGAGGACUGCAGCUCCCAGCCGGAGUCCGUGUCCUCCUCCUCUAGCUCCAGCUAUUUCUCCCCAAGGAGGUCCAGGGAGGACUCUGACCUAACAUGCACUCCAGGAACCGGGUGCACCCCGAGGUACAGCAUGAGCCGGCUGUCGAACUGCCGCAGGCCGCAGCACCUGGCCAGUCUGUCUUACACGCCUGGAGGGCGACCGCUCAUUCAGGAUCUAGACGAACCGGUGGAGUACCUCUACACUGACACCGAACAGGGCCACAAGCUGAUCGAGAUCCACGUCCCGCCUACAGCGAACACCUCCCUCAGCUCCAGCAUGAGCACCACCACCGCCAGCAGCAGCAGCGACGAGACCAUACUCUACGACUGGCGCUCCAUGAACACGGACACGACGGAGAGCAGCGGGAAGGAGAACCAAAAGCCUGAGGUGAUGCUGCCGAAGGAGAAAAAGGAAGAGGAGAGUUUGCUGCAGGAGACCCGAGGGAUCACCGACAAGGAGCUGAGGUCCAGGCUGCUGGAGCUGGGGGAGAGUCCUGGUCCCAUUAGCAGCAGAACCAGACCCACGUACAUGAAGAGACUCUGCCGCCUGAUACAGGAGUCAAAGUCAGAAUCACCUCGACCACAGAAGCAGUCAGAGCAGACACAUCCAGAUUCAGGGUACAGUCCCGAGCUGUGCCGGGCUCUGAGGACCUUCGAGCUGCCUGGUUGUCAGGCGGACGAGCAGGCGCUGUGUCAGCAGUUUGACCAACCGGAUCAGAACAGGAAGUGGAGGGAGGGCAUCAUCAAGUCCAGCUUCAACUACCUGCUGCUUGACCCGAGAGUGACCAAAAACCUCCCGUUCCGCAGCCACACCAUGACCCCCCACGAGUGUUUCCAGACUUUCAUCCACUCCAUCUUCUACGUGGGCAAAGGGAAACGCUCCCGCCCGUACAGCCACCUGUACGAGGCUUUAGAGUACUUCAAGGGGGACAAGACCUCCAAGAAACUGUGCCCCAAGGUGCAGCACAUCCUCCAGGUGUGGACCGCAGAGCAGGGCGUGAUCUCUCUGCACUGUUUCCAGAACGUGAUCCCGGUGGAGGCGUACACCAGAGAGGCCUGCAUGGUGGAGGCCAUCGGGUUGAAGAUGCUGACCAAUCGGAAGCGAGGGGAUUUCUACGGCGUGGUGUCGAACUGGCAGGCGAAGAAGAAAAGGGAGCUUGGCGUUCACCUGCUCUACAGAGCCAUGCAGAUCUUCCUGGCCGAGGGCGAGAGACAGCUGAGACCGGCUGACAUCAGACAGUAGCGCCCCCUACUGGUGGGUGUGUGGAGAGCAACUUGAAGCACUGGAAGGAAAACCACUGAAGAGGCCCAGACGGCUUCACAGCAUUCAGAUCCCCUCAGAGCAUUAACUCGUCUUUCUGGUGUUGAUCUGUGAUCUCUCCAUCUUUCAGACACUUUUAUACACACAUCAUUUAACUUCAGACUUCUCAGUUUAGAUCAUUUGCAGACUUAAUCAUUCUUUCAAAAUUACUCAAGUAUAUAAUGUGAAAGCAGGAAGAAGACAGGUUUAUAUGAACAUGAUGGAAUCAGAGAUGAGCGACUGAAUGUCUGUCAGGAGUAUAGAACAUUUCUUUCUCUCCUGUAGGACACAUUUUCAUCUCCACUGCAACCAAAUCUAUUUUUUAUUCUUCCAGACUGAUCCAAACACAUCCUAACUUCAUUUUAGAUAAAAAAAUAAUCUAAUGUCUCAUUAAACAUUUAAUGAUUUAAAUAAAGUGCUUUCCAAACGAGCAGGGAGUUUAGUGAUGACAAAACUGGAGUGCUACUUUUGUAGUGUUUAAAAAAAUGUCUUUAUUAUUAUUAUUAUUAUUACUAUAGAUAAAUCAGAGAUCAAAUCUCUAGAUUUAUAAACUUUCAUACUUUAAAUAAUACCAUUUGUUUACAUUGUGAUUAAAAGAAGUUCUUUAUUUUGCAGCUGUUAAAAAAAACCUUUCAGGGAAGCUGUUUACAAAGUCCGUCCUGUAGUGAGCGCUGGGUGUGUGUUUCAUAUAAAUGUGUAAUUAUAGAAAAAAGAACACUUAUUUUUUGUUAGUUAGUCUCAGAGUUAGUUCAUCUGUCCAUUAUAAACUGAAUUACUAUCUAAGCCAGUAAAAUGAACCUUUAGAGGUGGAAUAAAUCUUAAACUGAAGUCACCUCCACGUGGAAGAGGUCGAUCAGGACCAUGAGCUUUAACUCCAUUCCCUCUCUCCUCAGGGUGACGCACGUCUUCAUGUAACCUUGAUGUCUCACAUGAAGCAUUAAAACUAACAACCAGACGUGUUUCAUAUUUUACAGAUUUAUUUUUUUACAACAGAAAUCCUGAAAUGUGUUUGAUUCGUCUCUUAAAAUAAUCCUCAAACUUCCCCCCUCGUACUAAAACCUGAUAUUUGCUGCGUAGCAGAAUUGUUUUAGUUUUUAUGUUGUGAUCAUAAAUGUCUCUUGUUGUUGCUGCUGCUGUUUUCUGCUCCUUUAUUUCACUCUCAUGUAAAUGUAGUAAAACAAACGAUGAAGCUGA